CACACAUACGAUUUUUAACUUCGGGCUCCGUUGGUCUCCGCCGCGAUUCCCACUUUUAAUUAGUUUAGUCAGGAUUUGGUGAAAAGUGCGGAGAAAAGUUAAAAGAAAAAUAAAAUGUGCUAGUGGUUUUCAGUGAUUAGGGGCUACAUGUGAUAACGAUUGGCACCUGAUUGAAAUGUUUAUAUAAUGUGACAAAAGUGAACGAUGAAGAAAUUUUGCAACAAAAUCACUAAAAAAGACUGGAGGAUCACUAUACCGAACCUACAAUCACCGUUGGCAGUGAAAAAACCGCUAGAAGAAGACGAAAAGAACUCCAAAAGAUCUUCGGGGUUCUACGACUUUCAGGAGGCCCAGUUGGAGUACGAUAAGUCCAGAAGUUUGCCGAAUAGUAUUUAUGUAGACUCGUCAUCUAGUGAUAGUGAAGUGGAGUUUAUGGAUGCCAAGGAGCAUACAUCGCAAGAGAUUUAUUCGAAUAUUGACAAGAAUAAUAGCAAAUAUGAAUAUGAUGUGCCUAGAAUUAGUUUUAAGUUUCCAGAAAAACUUGAAAACGUGUAUGAAAAUCAUGAUGAGAAACCAGUUAAAAAAAGUGAAAUCCAGAUAGUGCUUCAAACACCAAUCCAAGAAGAAGAUGAAGCCCCCAUAUGUCACCAUUCGGAAGCAUUUAAUAGUCAAGCAGAAGAAAUGGUUUCCAGAAGUAGAGAAAGCAUCCCUCUGGUCAUUAGAAAGAGCGGCAGUGACCCUAACCUCAGUCUAAGAUCACUGGAUAGUGAUUCAGAUAAUUUUUAUAAAGUGCCUCGCAAUUUAAAAGCCCAACAUCGCCUCUCACAAUCACUAAAUGACUUUGAUCCAGACAAAAUAACUCCAGAAAUCACCAAAUCGACCCACUCAAGCAUAGAACACAUAUCUUGCAGCCAAGUUUAUCUGGCAAAGCAAAACAGUGCUGAGAAACUGGACUAUUGUGAGACUCGCAGCAAGUUGCCUGUUCGACUCAGGAGAGCCACUCUGCUUAGAAAACCGAAAAAAGCCAUGGACUCUUGGAACAAUUUCAAAACAAAAAUGAGUAAUAUGAUAUCUGAGCAGGCGGCACAGCAGAGGGUCGGCGCUUUCGCCGAUAAGGAAAAACUAACUUUAAAUAUAGAAGAAAUGUACAAAAGCUCCAAGAAUAAAUGUAAAAAAUUAGGGAAAAUGUUUUCUUCGAAACUUAGUACCGGGAGGCGAAGUGAAUCGUCUUCUGAGCAAAACUCACCGGUGGUGGAGAAACAAAAACAGAAAUUCCAGGCUAGUGAUAUUGAGUAUAGGUUAAAUCUUAGUGAAGGGACUGAAAGUGAGGAGGUUAAUGUUGCAAAUGUUUCUCCGGUGUCUCCUCAGUUGGGGAGUGAGUUGAGUGAGGACAAGGACUUUUCGAGCAUUAGGAGUGCUUUUAGGAAGAAGCUGGUUUUUGUGCCUGAGGGUCAAAAUGGAUUUGAGGAUCUAAGAAAAUACGUUAAGCAAGGAGGCGACUUUUGCAAAGAACUUGCCACAAUAUUACAAGAAAGGGCCGAAGCAGAAACUCAAUAUGCCAAAAACCUCUCGAAACUCAGCUCCAAGCUAUCCAGAGCAUGCAAGGACAACAUCGGCAGCAUCAACGACGCAUGGAAAGCAGUGGCCCUAGAACUGGAAGCGAAAGCGGAAGCUCACAGGAUCACUGGAAAUGCUUUAUUGGAAGAAACCGCUAAACCUCUAAGGAAUAUGACGGAAAGUCAGCACAGGUCUAGAAAACAAUGCGAGACAGCAGUAGAGAAAGCUGCUAGGCUAUUAAGUGAUUGGAGGGCAGCGGAAGCCAAAGGAAAGAAGAAUAGCCACGCCUGUGCCAGGGAUAAUGAGAAGCUACAGGAUGCUGCCGUAUUUGAUACUAGCAAAUUGGGAAAGCAAACAUUGUCCAAAAGCUCCAGUCUAAUCCAUUUAGCUCACAGGCAAAAUUCCGUUGAUAAGGAAAACGCCAAGCUGGAAGGGAAGAAAAAGAAAGCAGAAGAUGCAGUGAAAAAAGCCGACAUAGAAUACUAUACUCUAUGCGUUCGGGCUGAAAGAGCCAGGUUGGAAUGGGAAUCGUCUGUCCUAAGGGGAGUAAAUACCUUCCAAGCCCUAGAAGAAGAACGAUUGAGCAAUUUAAAAUUUGUUCUGCUCUCGUACCUUAGACACAGUGCGGAAUUACAACCUAGAAUAAUUGAGGCCACAGAAAGACUGAGACCGCCCAUAGAAAUAGCAGAACCGACAAAAGAUCUGAUUUACUUUCAAAAUAUGCGACAAACGUCACAGCAAACCUCCGAGCAACUAUUACCUGAUUUUUAUUGUGAACACAUUACUUUGGCGAUGAACAGGGAAAGGAGAAAACAGGCUCUAAUAAAGCUUUUGCACCUGAUUCGACAAGAUAUAGACCGUGAAAGGAAAUCGAAAAACGGACUGGAAAAUCUUUCGAAAGCGAUAAAGCAGACGCCGAAUUUUGGUAGCGAGGAUUCCCAACAGUCUGUGGUAGAAAAAUUGUAUCAUAUGAAAUCUAUGUUAACUUACCUGGAAGGGGCUCGCUACAAAGUUCAAAAUGCUUUAGCCGAAUUAGACAGUAGACCCAGGGCGGGACAUCCCUUGGGACCCCAUAUUACAGUUACCAGAGACAAGUCUGGAUUGCAACAAAGUGUCCUCAAGGUACCCCAAUGGUUACGUGAAGAGUUCUUUGAAACAGAUCGGAGCCCGGUUAGUGAAAAAUCUUUAAAAUCUGACCAAUCAGAUAACUCGGAUCCUCACAUAAAUGACGUGGAUGAUCACGUACUUCAUGACUGGACGCAUCGGGGAGCCGCUGAUGGGAAUUCAAACCAACCGGAUUCAGAUUUUGAUGAAUUUUCGUCACAGUGCAGCAGUACAGAUCAACUGACUGACACUGAAAAUUUACAUCCAAUAGCAAAGUGCAGAGCCAUUUAUCCGUACACCCCUAAUUUGCCUGAUGAACUGCUGUUGAAAACUGGAGAUAUGCUUAAGGUAUAUCGUCAGCAGGAUGAUGGUUGGUGGCUGGGUGAAUGCAACGGCAACGUCGGAAUCUUUCCAGCCACUUAUGUGGAAAUAGUGCCUUCUUAACUUGUUUUAAAGUUAAAUUAAAUAAUGUACAAAAGACUGAUAUUUCACACAAAUAAGAAAAUUUUACAGAGUGUCUUUCCGUUUUUAUAUGCGGCGCUCCUUAUUUUUAACAUAUUAUUAUUUUCUUCGUAUAAAGCAUACUUACAACUCACGCACUGUUAAUGAUUGACAGUGACAUGUAUAUUUUAAUUUAGAAUUGAAUAUGUCUUCCUUAUUGGUAACUGUCGUGUAUUUAUUAUGUCUUUAAUAUUGUGAUCGUAAAUUUGACUUUUGUAUUAAUAGAUUUUAAGAACAGUUUUAUUAACUGAUUAUUAUUGAUUAUAAUAAACGAUUUAAGCAUUCAAAAUUU